AUGGCAAUCAACAAUACUGAGAAUGUCACUGCCAAGGCAGCAGAUGUGGUUGAAGACAAGGUGAAUGGCACCGAAUCCAAGGUGAACGCCGAUGGGGAGAUGACAAAAGACACGGUGAAUGGUACCGAGAAUGGAACGAAGGGUACGGGGAAGCAGACCAGCGAAGAGGAGGUUCAAGGUGACAAGAAAGCUGAGAAUGAAGUGAAGAAGGAAGAGGAGGUGGCGGUGGAGACUGAGCAGAAGACCGGCGUUUCGUUUCCGGUUAAAUUGGGUGAUGGGAAGAAGUUGCUGAGUGUUGGGUUAAGGAAGAAGUCCAUGCUUGGCAUGGGCGUUAAGGUCUAUGCCUUUGGGAUGUAUGGAGACAAUGAGAAAAUGAAAGAAGUUCUGAAGUCAAAGAUAGGAAAAGCUCCAGCAAAACCGACCAAAGAAAUGUAUGAAGUGGCAAUAGACAGUGAUGUGGAGAUGACAGUAAAAUUGGUCAUUGUAUUCUCUAAUCUCACUAUGAGCAUGGUAAGGAAGAAUUUUGACGAAGGUCUUGGAGCGUCCAUCAAAAAACUAACUGGCGGAAAGAAGAACGAUGAACUCGCAAACAAGGUCAUGGGUUCAGCUUCAGAUAACAUCAAGCUAACAACUGGUUCUGUGAUUGAGAUCUCGCGACUUCCAGGUUAUAUUCUCCAAACCAAAGUGAUGGAUGAGGAGGUGAGCAAGGUUGAAAGUGAGCUUCUCUGCAGGGCCUUCAUCUACAUGUAUUUGGGCGAGGAUCCCUUCGACAAGGAAGCCAAAGAAAAAUUCGGAAUGUCGCUGCUCUCACUGUUUUAA